CAGUGGGGCUGGUUGCUGAUCAUGGGGUGGAAGAGUUUUGUCAAUUGUAUUUGUAUUACUGGCAUUUUAUGGCCAGGUGUUGCUCCCGAUCGCCGCUACCAGCCGGACUGGAAGAGUCUGGACAGCAGACCCUUGCCCUCCUGGUACGACGAGAGUAAAUUUGGAAUUUUCAUUCACUGGGGUGUCUUUUCCGUGCCCAGUUUCGGGAGCGAGUGGUUCUGGUGGAACUGGAAAGCUGUGCAGCAACUGGAAUAUGUAGACUUUAUGAAAAAGAACUACCCAGCGGGGUUCACGUACCCCGAGUUCGCCGCAGAGUUUACCGCGGAAUUCUUCGAUCCGGAUCAGUGGGCAGAGGUGAUUCAGAAAUCCGGAGCCAGGUAUGUGGUUCUGACAACCAAACACCAUGAAGGAUUCACAAACUGGGGAUCACCUGUGUCCUGGAACUGGAACUCAAUUGAUACAGGUCCACAUCGAGAUUUGGUGGGUGACCUUGCAGCUGCAGUUCGAAAAAGGAAUUUGUAUUAUGGAGUGUAUCAUUCUCUCCUUGACUGGUUUCAUCCAUUCUACUUGUAUGAUAAAAAGAACCAUUUCAAGACCCAGAAAUUUGUUGUGGAAAAAUCGUUACCAGAGCUGUACGAAUUGGUCAUGAGGUACAAACCGGAUGUAAUCUGGUCAGAUGGAGACUGGGAAGCACCAGGUUCCUACUGGAAUGCCACUGAAUUUCUGGCCUGGCUUUACAAUGAUAGCCCCGUCAAGGAUACUGUGGUAAUCAAUGACCGCUGGGGAUCCGACUGUCGUUGUAAACAUGGCGGUUUCUUCAACUGUGCGGACAAAUACACCCCGAGCACGUUGCCAAACCACAAAUGGGAGAAGUGCACCUCGGUUGACAAAAGGUCAUGGGGAUAUCGUAGAAACAUGCAUUUGAAUGAAUUGAUGGAUUUGCCAUCCAUCAUCACUAAUUUGCUGAACACAGUGUCUUAUGGAGGCAACUUGCUGCUUAAUAUUGGUCCGACAAAAGAAGGGACUAUCCCUGUCAUUUUCCAAGAAAGGCUGGAAGCUAUGGGACAAUGGCUAAAUGUUAAUGGUGAAGCAAUAUAUGCAUCAAGACCAUGGCGAGUUCAGAAGGAGAACUCUACGAACGUAUGGUACACUAGUAAGGGAUCCUCAGUUUAUGCCGUGUUCACAAAGUGGCCCACUGAUAAUGUCCUGAAACUGGAAUCUCCAAAGAGCUCAUCGAGCACCAAAGUGACAAUACUGGGAAUCCCCGAGCCUCUGAAAUGGAAGAGUUCUCCUGGGCAGGGUAUCCUUGUCUUCCUGUCCUCUAUUUCUCUGUUUACUCUCCCAUCGGAAAAUGGUUGGACAGUGAAGCUCGAAGGAGUUUCAUAAUCAGGAGAAGCAGCUCGGUCCUUUGAAGUAGCUUUUGGCUUGAAAAUGAUUUUUAGCGACUUUGCACCUAUUUGACAAAGCAAUUGCUUUAAAAUUUGUAAUAUAAAUUAGUAUGACUCAAUUUUUUUGUAUUAUAGAUCAGAGUGAUUUUUAUUUUUUGAUAACUUAAUCAGAAAUUCGAUUUGGCAGUGCCACAUGGAUGGAUAAAAAUGAUGGUGAUAGGGUCAUUGUGCCGAUCACAGCUUAUGUCACCCAUUGCAAGGCUUAGUGGUGGAAUUUGACUGUGUUUUGGGGGUACCUUUUGGCUUUCCGGAGCUCCUUUUAUCAAUCUCACUAAUUCCUUUAUUAAGUGAUGCAGUCAUGUAGAAACAUUAUUUUCUGCUUUUGUGUUGAUUUUUAAAAAGAUUUCCUUCCUUACAUGGAUAAGGUAGCACAAAUACCAAAGGCCUUAUGUUAUUAAAACUUUUAACUUAGAAUCUA